GUAUGCUGUGAAUCAUGUUAAACAAACAACAAAGGAAAACUUCAUAGAAAAGAGGUGCAUGGUAGAGAAAAGCAAGCAAGAAAGUUAACCUAGAUUUCAUUAAAUUUGCAUGUGAAAUUGACUUAGUUCACUUUCCUUUUCCUGUAAGAAGCUAUAAGUACGUGUCUUAGCAAGUGUUCUUUGCAAAUCACACACUUCUUCUGGGAAAGAUCAAAUUGCACAACAGGGGAGUUUCUAGUAUAGAGUUGUCUGAGAAUGGAAAACCAAAUCAAGCAAAGCAGAAAACAAAACUGGUUCCAGAAGCAUUUUUUGAGUCGAAACAGUCAAGAUAAUCGUCCCAUAGAAGGUGCAUAUGAAGCUGCAGUUGCUGCAGCUGCAUUUGCUAUUCAGUCGGUUGAAGAGGCCAAAGCCGCCAAGCUCAAGAGUGCCAGCUGGAAAGAAAAUGGCAGAAAUGGUAUAACCAGCCAAUUCUCAUUCAAGAAAACAAAAUAUGCAGCUGAAAAGUCCAAGGACAAGCCAAUGGAACAAAAAACCAAGGAACUAGGGAGAGUUUAUUCAGCUGCCAAGCCAAGCUCUAAAUCGGCUACAAUACCAAUAGCACCAGGAGAUAAUGUUGAAUGGUUUAACAAGCUGAAAUCAGUUGUUGCUUGCGGAAGUGACAAGAUACUGAAAACCAACGAUUAAACAAAAAAGAACAAAGGUUUUUAUUUAACUUUUAUUGUCAAUUAUCAUAUGUAUUUCGUGAGUGCCUAUGGUAAAACACUAAUGCCACUCUUGAUUAUUGACACUGCGGAACACACUGGAGCUGAGAAGGGCAAGCAAUGCACAGCAUUACUAAAAAAGGCAAGACAGGAAUCUAGAUUUAUCAGAUUCCUGGAUAGAGAAGAUCACCAGAUCAGAUAAUGAAAUAAAUUUUUAUAUACAAUCAACAUCUUUCAGGCUAGAACAUGUAACAAUUUGAUAUAUAUGAUCAUGUAGCAUGAAGGCAAAGGGAUUAGCAAUAAUUUUGCUCUAUAUGUCCCUUUUCUUCUUGAUCUUUAAACUAUAUUUUGCUUUAGG